UUAAUUUUUUUCCUCGAACUUAGUAAAGAAAAAUGCAGUGCUAGUUGUUUUUUAUAAUUUUAAUUAUUUAUAACAAUUUAUUUACAACGAAUUUAAUAAAAAUUAUAAAUUUAUUAUUUAAUUUAAAGAAAUAAUAUAAAAUACUUAAAAAAAUAUCUAAAAUAAAACAUAAAAAUUGUAAAAGAAAAAAAUGUCUUCUUCAGGAGUAAGAAAAAUUUUCGUAAAAAACAACAGCUGCCCUUUUUUGUAAUAAAGCACGUAAAAAAAGAAGAGUAAAAUUUAAUUACAUGACAAGAACAAAAAGAGCAAGAUAAAUAUUUAACCAAAAAAGGAACACCCUUUUUUAAGCAAUAAUAAUAAUAAAUAAACAAAACAAUUGACAAAUAUGGUGUUAAAGUAAAUUUAAUAAUAAAAGUUAAAAUAAUUUUAUUAAGUUUUUUAUUUUUGUCAUUUUUUAAUGAUGUCAUAAAAAAGUUUAAGUGUGUGUGUUAAAAAAACUGUAAAUUGUUUAAUUGUUAUGUUGUUGGUGGUGUCAUCAUGGGUCAAGCUGGCUUGAUUAUUAUUUAAAUUUUACUUUAAGUUUUAAAAGGAUUUCUUUAAUAAGAGGGACCAAAACAUAGAGAGACUUAUAAGAAAAGGAUGGGAAACAAAAAGCUGGGAAUUAUAAAAAACAAAAAUUUCAAAGAUUUUUUUACACAUUAAACUUAAAAACUUUUCAAAUAGAAAUUUCCCAAACACAUGCAUUUAAAGUCUGUUUAUGAAAAGCCAAGUUCUAAAUAUUUCCAAAACAAUAUGGCUAGUAGUUUAUUAAAUGAUGAUGAGGAUAAUGCCACACGUAAUACACAGCAGCAGCAGCAACAACAACAACAGCAACAGCAUAAUAAUAAUAACUUAAACGAAACUUCCUCUAACGGCCCUAAUAACAAUAACAAAAUGCAGGAUACAGAAGCAAAAUUGAAAAAACAAAAUUUGGAACAAAGAAAAGAACUGGAACAAUUGCUCAAUGAAAGUUGGCUUUUACAACAAUUACAAAAGCAAGAAAGUCAAAUAUUAAAUGGCAAUUUUGAAUAUAUGAAUUUUAAUGAUUUCAUACAAAAUCUAGCCGUACAAUAUAAACAAGAACAAACUACACAACAAACAAUUAGUGGAACGGGUUCUAAUCAUUUAUCUAAUGUGGAAGAGGCAAUCUUAAGACGUAAGCCUUUAACGUCUAAAGAAAAUCAUCAAAAUAACAAUAAUAAUGUUAUGCAUCGCAGACAAUCGGAGAUCUCUAAUAGAUCUUCAGAAUAUGAUAAUUAUCCUCAACAGGAUAAUCAUUCUACCCAUUCAGAGGGUACUAGAGGUGGUGUGGUAAUGCAUGGGGCGGCCCAGGCUACUCAGCAAUAUGCUGCGAAGGCUGCUUUAAAGAAAAGAUCUGCCACAGUGGCCGGCACUACAGCACAAUCCUCUACCAAUUUGCAAAUGAUUAGGCAGCAGCAUUUGGAGCAACAACAGCAACAAUUGUUAUAUAAACAACAACAGCAGCAACAGCAACACUAUCAUCAUCCUCAACAGCAUUUGUUUAAGCCUCAUGUAGAUCAUCAUCAGGUAUUAAUGCCACAUUUACAAUAUGCCACCCAAAAGUUUUACUAUACCACACUGCAGCCACAAACGAAUUCAACCGCAGCAGCAUCACAACAAACCCAACAACUUGCAACACAGCCACCGACACACCAGCAACAACAGCAGCCUCAAUAUGGACGUUAUAUACAAAACAAACAAAUUGCCCAACAGCAGACUCUACACCACAAUCAUGCGCCACAACAGCAACAACUCCUGUUAACACCACCCUCCGGCUCUACAAUAACCAUAGACAAUAUUUCUUUAUACUCUUUAAACUCCAAUAAUGUGGCCACUUUACAUCGUCCGGCCCAGCAGCAACAGCCCAUUAUUGUACAAUGUGAUAAAUACUAUUUAUCACCCACUUCCCAUCAUGUCUCCCAUAAUGAUGGUGCCGGUUUUAUAAAAUCAUCACAAAAUAUUAAGGAAUACAUUUCACCCAUUAAUUCGCCACAACAUUUAUCCAUCAGGGAUAAAAAUCGUGCACAAACAUCACACCCUAACUUAGCACCUAGGGGAGCUACUCCGGCUUUAGAUAUUAUAUCGCUAGCUCCUUCCUAUGUGUCCAUGGAAACUAUAGACUAUGAACUGGCCCCAGUAGGCUCUAAUAUGAGAUGGAGAUCACAAACAAAUUUGCCUCCCUCUGUAAACUCUAACACACAGUGUGAAAUUAAAUCCCAAUCUAGCGAUAUGUUAAAUAAUAAUCAGUACUAUAAUACCGCCCUAAAUCCACCACCUCCUCCGCCUAAUCCUCCUUUAUUAGUAACACAAAAUUCCAACUUAAUACCACCGCCCAAUGUUACCCAAGUUAAACCAUUUAAACCUUUAGAUGAUAUAUCCACCUACAGUAAUGAUUCGCACAAAAAAAUAAAACCCAAACAAUGGUUAGAAUCUUCUUUAGAUGGUCCUGUUAUUAGGCAAACUCCCUCUCAGGAGGAAGCUUGCUCUACUUCCUCUUUUUCCUCUAAUAAUAACAAUAGUCAAGCACGUUCCAAACUUUCUUCACAAUCUUUAAACACCUCCCGUCACUAUUCUAUGUCGUCGGCUCAAUGUAAACCUCCACAACAACAACAGAAUCCCUCUAACACCCAUCAUCACAACAAACUAAGUCAAUCUACUUCUUAUCUAAAUCAAUUAGAUUUUGCUAAUGCUAAUAACACCCCCACCAUCCUACCCACACCCUCUAUAUCCCAGGCUUAUAAUCUGGAAUUAUCACCUCAACCUUCUGCAGCUUAUAAGUAUAUGCCUGCUCCCAUACAGCCAGCAGCAGCACAGCCUGCAGCUGCUAACAGAAUUCCUCCCUCUGCUUUAUAUGUCAAUACUUCCAAUACAAAUCUAGUGCAGUCUGCUACCCCUACCCCACCCCUAGCAGCCGCCUUAUCUCCUGAUAUACGCAUAGAAUCCCCGGUUAAUAUGACUGUGGUUCAGCCAGCCACUUUUCAACCUUAUAAAGAGGUUACCAAACCUUUUGAAAUGUCUGAUUUCUAUAAAUAUUCCACCAAGUUUAGGCAAAAGGAAAAUAAUAAUGGUGAGAAUUAGAAAGUUAAUUUAGGGUAAAAAAUA